CCUCGCUCUCUCUCUCCAUUUCCCAUCGUCCCAACCUCAAAUACAGCAGAGAAGCUCCAAGAUGGCGCAAGCAAUUUUCGAGGCGUUGGCAGAGCAGUCACAACGUGCACCCAGUCACCUCCUACAUCACCCCUCCUCACCCCCUCCCCAGCCUGCAGCCGUCUCCAUGCCACCCAGCUCCAGCGGCAGCUCAGCGAUCCAGGUCUACAGCGCACUGCCCCCCUUGAGCGGAAACCCCUCCGACGGAUCUUCGCUGGCAAUGCCUCACUUCCAGGUUCCCAGCCAGUGUGUGGAAAGCUCGCCCUUCACCACGCCACCCAUCUACAGCCCGGGCAAGCAGAGCUUCACGACCAAGACCAGCAGCAUCAUUGCCGCGCCAGCCCUCAACCCUAGCGCCAACCUCUCUGGCCUCCAGAGCGAGGCGGCCCAAGAACAAAGAACCCGCCGGCAUCCAGGAAGCCAUACUGGCGAGAAACCGUUCCAGUGUAUCGUUUGUGGCCGCGCCUUCGCCCAGAAGUCGAACGUCAAGAAGCACAUGCAGACCCACAAGGUGUGGCCGGCAGGAAACUCCCGCACCACCGUCUCCAUGCAGGUGGUGGCCGUCAGCCCUGAGAACAAGAGGACGCAGGGAGAGAACGAGGCUGCAGAUGUAUCGGAGAGUGCCGAACAUGUUCCCCGCCAGACGCCGGACGUCCCUCCGCCAGACGGGAGUCAGGAGGCGAGGCAGAUGCUGGUGAUUGACAGCUCGUACCAGUGUCAGUUCUGCCCCAGUAAAUUUGUCACUUACUUCCAGCUCAAGUCGCACAUGAUCCAACACAAGAACCAGCAGGUAUACAAGUGUGUGGUGAAGAAUUGCACUCAGACUUUCGUCAAGCUGGAGGAGUUUGUUGAACACAUCAAGAACCACGAUGAUGAAAUCACGUAUCGCUGUCAUCUCUGCAACAAGAUCUUCCCUUCACUCUACGAACUUGGUGUCCACCAGUAUUCCCACAGUUUGUACCCACAGCAGGUGCCCAAGAAAGGCCCCACAUUUUACAGGUGUUCGAGGUGUUUGAGUAAGUACUCCACGCCUGAGGCCCUGGAACAUCACCUGCAGAGUGCCACUCACCACUACCCCUGUCCGCACUGCCAGAAGGUCUUCCCAAGCGAGAGGUAUUUGAGAAGACAUCUCCCUGUUCACGGUGGAGGGGGAGUCUUCAAAUGCCAGGUCUGUAAAAAGUCGUUCAAAACAGAGCACUAUCUCAAACUUCACCUGCUCAUCCAUUCUGGUGAAAAACCGUUUAAAUGCUCGCUGUGCUCGGCAGCCUUCAACCGCAAAGACAAAGUCAAGAGACACAUGCUGACCCAUGACCCCGUGAAGAAAUUCAAGUGUCCUUUCAGGGUGCAUUCGGGUUGUACAAAAGAAUUCAACAGGCCGGAUAAACUCAAAGCUCAUAUAAUCGCACACUCUGGUAUCAAGCCCUACAAGUGCCAGUACUGCAGCAAGAGCUUCAGCCGUCGGGCACACAUGACAGAACACCAGCACUCGCACACGGACACCUAUACCAUCCGGUGCGAGCCCUGCGGCAAGGGCUUCACCCGGGAGAAGUAUCUGCGGCAGCACCGGUGCGGCGCGUUCCCCAACCCCGAGGAGCGGCCGGCAAGGAGGCGCCACUGCACCGCCCGCCGGCUCCCCAGCCGCCCCAGGAAGGCAGCGGCCGGCAGCCAGACAGCAGAGCGGAGGGCAGAGGGCGGGUGCCCGCCCCCCGAGGGAGCUGAGGCGCAGGGGGACCCCGCCGCUGUCCCCUCGGAGGCCAAGGAGGCCAGGGCAAGCCUGGACACUGCCUCUCAGGACAGUAGCAGCCUGCCAGUUCCGCCCAGCGGCCAACCCGUCACCGUCCCCGUUUACAUCCAGAACCCAGAGUAACUUCGGACUUCUCUGCGACCACCGGACUUCAUCAUUUUUUUAAAAAAAUAAAAUGAACUUCACAUUAGAUAUCAGAUAUCUGUGGAGUGUUAGGGCACAGAGAACCAGGGUGAUGCCCGCCUUGGCGUGAUCUUUGCACCUUUCACACGGAGCAUGGGAGUCCAAGGACCAAACCGCAGAACAAUCGAACCACAAAAUAAAAGACGAUUUUCUAUAUAAAACUAAAAUUAAAGCCGU